AUGCCUUGGCUGACCACACAUUCCAGCUUCAUCGCCAAAGUCUCCAUUUGCGCCCUCUACGCCCGGGUGUUUGUUGACCCCAAGUUCCGCCGGAAAGUCCAAUUCGUCCUUUACUUCCUCACCUUUCACCUUGUUCUGUACACGUUCCUGGUUGCUCUGCAGUGUGUGCCAGUCCAAUCGGUGUGGGACCGAACCAUUGAGGGCCGUUGCCUCAACUUAUUCGCCAUCAGCUACACAGGCGCGGCGGGUACCAUUCUCGAAGACAUCCUGCUCAUCAUUAUGCCGAUCCCGGAGCUCAUGAAAUUGAAGCUGGGGCGGCAAAAGAAGUUCGCCCUGGGCUUCUUGUUCGCGGUGGGAUCUUUCGCGACCAUUGCUAGCAUGUUACGACUGAAAUACCUGGUUACGCUCAACAACUCCUCUGACCCUACUUGGGACAAUUUUGAAGCCAGCCUUUGGACUGGCAUCGAAUUGUGUGCUACCAUAACGGUUGCCACCUGGGAAUGA